AUGAAGGGAGCUCUGCAGGACAGUUUCCUCACGGCGAGACACUGUAGACAGACCCUGACAUCUGAAGGUUCUGACAACCUGUCUACACAGCCACCUGAAGGUUCUGACAACCUGUCUACACAGACACCUGAAGGUUCUGACAACCUGUCUACACAGACACCUAAAGGUUCUGACAACCUAUCUACACAGACACCUAAAGGUUCUGACAAUGUGUCUACACAGACACCUGAAGGUUCUGACAACCUGCCUACACAGACACCUAAAGGUUCUGACAACCUGUCUACACAGCGACCUGAAGGUUCUGACAACCUGUUUACACAGACACCUGAGGGUUCUGGUCUGUCUACACAUACACCUAAAGGUACUGACAACCUGUCUACACGGACACCUGAGGGUUCUGGCCUGUCAACACAGACACCUGAAGGUUCCGACAACCUGUCUACACAGCCACCUGAAGGUUCUGACAACCUGUCUACACAGACACCUAAAGGUUCUGACAAUCUGUCUACACAGACGCCUGAGGGUUCUGGCCUGUCAACACAGACACCUGAAGGUUCUGACAACCUGUCUACACAGACACCUAAAGGUUCUGACAAUCUGUCUACACAGACGCCUGAGGGUUCUGGCCUGUCAACACAGACACCUGAAGGUUCUGACAAUCUGUCUACACAGACGCCUGAGGGUUCUGGCCUGUCAACACAGACACCUGAAGGUUCUGACAACCUGUCUACACAGACACCUAAAGGUUCUGACAACCUGUCUACACAGACACCUAAAGGUUCUAAAAUCUGUCUACACAGACAUCUGAAGGUUCUGACAACCUGUCUACACAGACACCUGAAGGUUCUGACAACCUGUCUACACAGACACCUGAAGGUGCUGACAACCUGUCUACACAGACACCUGACGGUUCUGACAACCUGUCUUCACAGACACCUGAAGGUUCUAACAACCUGUCUACACAGCCACCUGAAGGUUCUGACAACCUGUCUACACAGAUACCUGAAGGUUCUGACAACCCUUCGACACAGACACCUGCAGGUUCUGACAAUCUGUCUGCACAAACACCUGAAGCCACCUGAAGGUUCUGACAACCUGUCUACACAGAUACCUGAAGGUUCUGACAACCCUUCGACACAGACACCUGAAGGUUCUGACAAUCUGUCUACACAGCCACCUGGCGGUUCUGACAAUCUGUCUACACAGACACCUGAAGGUUCUGACAACCUGUCUACACAGCCACCUGAAGGUUCUGACAACCUGUCUACACAGCCACCUGAAGGUUUUGACAACCUGUCUACACAGACACCUGACGGUUCUGACAACCUGUCUACACAGCCACCUGAGGGUUCUGACAACCUGUCUACACAGCCACCUGAGGGUUCUGACAACCUGUCUACACAGCCACCUGACGGUUCUGACAACCUGUCUACACAGCCACCUGAAGGUUCUGACAACCUGUCUACACAGCCACCUGAAGGUUCUGACAACCUGUCUACACAGCCACCUGACGGUUCUGACAGCCUGUCUACACAGCCACCUGAAGGUUUUGACAACCUGUCUACACAGCCACCUGAAGGUUCUGACAACCUACACCUGAAGGUGCUGACAACCUGUCUACAUAGACACCUGGCGGUUCUGACAACCUGUCUGCACAGCCACCUGAAGGUUCUGACAACCUGUAUACAGACACCUAAAGGUUCUGACAACCUGUCUACACAGACCCCCGAAGGUUCUGACAACCUGUCUACACAGACAACUGAAGGUUCAGACAACCUGUCUUCACAGACACCUGAAGGUUCUGACAACCUGUCUACACAGCCACCUGAAGGUUCUGACAACCUGUCUACACAGCCACCUGACGGUUCAGACAACCUGUCUACACAGCCACCUGAAGGUUUUGACAACCUGUCUACACAGCCACCUGACGGUUCUGACAACCUGUCUACACAGCCACCUGACGGUUCUGACAACCUGUCUUCACAGACACCUGAGGGUUCUGGUCUGUCUACACAUACACCUAAAGGUUCUGACAACCUGUCUACACGGACACCUGAGGGUUCUGGCCUGUCAACACAGCCACCUGAAGGUUCUGACAACCUGUCUACACAGCCACCUGAAGGUUUUGACAACCUGUCUACACAGACACCUGACGGUUCUGACAAUCUGUCUACACAGCCACCUGAGGGUUCUGACAACCUGUCUACACAGCCACCUGACGGUUCUGACAACCUGUCUACACAGCCACCUGACGGUUCUGACAACCUGUCUACACAGCCACCUGAAGGUUCUGACAACCUGUCUACACAGCCACCUGAAGGUUCUGACAACCUGUCUACACAGCCACCUGAAGGUUCUGACAACCUUUUUACACAGCCACCUGAAGGUUCUGACAACCUGUCUACACAGAUACCUGAAGGUUCUGAUAACCCUUCGACACAGACACCUGAAGGUUCUGACAAUCUGUCUACACAGCCACCUGGCGGUUCUGACAAUCUGUCUACACAGACACCUGAAGGUUCUGACAACCUGUCUACACAGCCACCUGAAGGUUCUGACAACCUGUCUACACAGCCACCUGAAGGUUUUGACAACCUGUCUACACAGACACCUGACGGUUCUGACAACCUGUCUACACAGCCACCUGAGGGUUCUGACAACCUGUCUACACAGCCACCUGACGGUUCUGACAACCUGUCUACACAGCCACCUGACGGUUCUGACAACCUGUCUACACAGCCACCUGAAGGUUCUGACAACCUGUCUACACAGCCACCUGACGGUUCUGACAGCCUGUCUACACAGCCACCUGAAGGUUUUGACAACCUGUCUACACAGCCACCUGAAGGUUCUGACAACCUGUCUACACAGCCACCUGACGGUUCUGACAACCUGUCUACACAGACACCUGACGGUUCUGACAACCUGUCUACACAGACACCUGAAGGUUCUCUACACAGCCACCUGAGGGUUCUGACAGCCUGUCUACACAGCCAUCUGAAGGUUCUGACAACCUGUCUACACAGCCACCUGAAGGUGCUGACAACCUGUCUACACAGCCACCUGACGGUUUUGACAACCUGUCUACACAGCCACCUGACGGUUCUGACAGCCUGUCUACACAGACACCUGAAGGUUCUGACAACCUGUCUACAUAGACACCUAAAGGUUCUGACAAUCUGUCUACACAGACACCUGACGGUUCUGAAAACCUGUAUACACAGCCACCUGAAGGUUCUGACAACCUGUCUUCACAGACACCUUAAGGUUCUGACAACCCUUCGACACAGCCACCUGAAGGUUCUGACAACCCUUCGACACAGCCACCUGAAGGUUCUGACAACCUGUCUACACAGCCACCUGAAGGUUCUGACAACCUAUCUUCACAGACACCUAAAGGUUCUGACAACCUGUCUACACAGCCACCUGAAGGUUCUGACAACCUGUCUACAGACACCUAAAGGUUCUGACAAUCUGUCUACACAGCCACCUAAAGGUUCUGACAACCUGUCUACACAGCCACCUGACGGUUCUGACAACCUGUCUACACAGCCACCUGACGGUUCUGACAACCUGUCUACAGACACCUAA